UCCGCUUCCGGCCGGCCCCGGCGCUGCAGUCGGCGCGGUCCUGGUCAGCAUCAGGUGGGCCUCCCUCGGGUUCCGCGGGCUCUGCCUUUCGGCUGAAAACGCCUCCCUCCUUACCCCACCUCAGCGUCUACUCGGUGCUGAGCCCACAGUCGGCCGACAAAGAGUGACGUUCAGACCCGGAGUCAUGGCAGCGACCGAGGGAAGCUUGGCGGCUGCUGGUACCUCCGCGCCACCACUGGAGAAACAGGAUGGAGACGGCCCGAGCUCGGGCCCGGAAGCCAAGUGUGGGGGCCCACCGCCCGCCCCCGAAUCCUCCAGCCCCAAUGCCGCGGACCCCGAAGUGACUCCACCCCCCGCGGCGGCCUCCGCGGCCCUAGAACUGCCCCUCGGGCCCGCACCACUGGGUCCCGCGUCGCUUGCCGAGGCCGCCCCGCGCUCGCCUCCGGGCCUCGGCGGCUCCCGGCCCGGCCCCGAGACGUUCCGCCAGCGUUUCCGCCAGUUCCGCUACCAGGACGCGGCAGGCCCACGCGAGGCCUUUCGGCAGCUGCGGGAACUCUCCCGUCAGUGGCUGCGACCUGACAUCCGCACGAAGGAGCAGAUCGUGGAGAUGCUGGUGCAAGAGCAGCUGCUCGCCAUCUUGCCCGACGCGGCGCGGGCCCGGCGCCUUCGCCGCCGCACCGAUGUGCGCAUCACCGGCUGAGCUGCCAGCGGGCCGGGCCGGGCCGGGCCGGGCCGGGCGCUCCCUGGACUGGAGCCAUGAUUGCCAUGAUUGGAGGGGCUGAACCUGGUUCCCCACUCCGCGUUCAUAGAAAACGAGUUUUGGUGGAUCUGGUAGUCUGUUGUGUCUCUUUCGUUCGUCCUUUACUGAGUUUGUUUUCCCGAGCCUGUUUCCAGCCUACUUUCUGGCUGAUGGCGAAAUUGAGAAUAAAACCUUUGUUUGCUAUUUGCUUGGUUUUCGUUGGCUUCUGUGGGAUUAUUACCGGUCCCCUGGGCCUCCACCACAUCUGGGAAAUUUUUCUGCUACUCACUCGCCCAGGACUGACUUAGGCUUCCUUUGUUUAGUUGGAGUAGAUGUAAUUGAGGGUUCCAGCGUCCUGGGUUCCAUAUUCAUUCACCCCUUAACCUUCAGCUAGAAUCAGAACUUGUUUUCCUACUUGGCUAAAGAUGCCUUGCCUUUGGUUGUGGGAUCCUGCAGGGCAAAUACUUGGUUCUAUUAAGUGCUUAUUAGAGGGCUACAGGUUCUUUACCAAUAAUGCCGCCACAAUCAGCCUGUGGGCACAGGCUUUCCGAAAGGCCCACGCUAUAGGUUUAUUUGAAUGAGAUGUGUUUAGUGCGGGUCCUUGCAGAGAGAGGCUAGAUCAUGUUUGUCAUCUCUGCUUUAUUCAUCAAGACUCACCAACUGCUUCCCUUUGUUAAAUAAGCAUAAUUGUUUAGAAAGGGAAGAAGGAAGUAUGCAAGUAACUGACAAACUACUUUAUGGAAAAGCCC